UCAGACCCACAGCAGCGCAAGACGGACGGCAGCUUAGCGUUCAGCUGCUAGUCUUCGGUUUGAGCUCAACAAGCCAAGUCGUCUUUGCCUUCGUCGUCGCUGCCAUCGUUCCCGUUAUUGUCUCAAGUCGAGCCGAGCAAGUCGCCAGUCGCGGCCAAACUGUGCGUGAAAUUGGUAAAAACGUAAACCGAGUACCGAAAACUGAAACCGAAACCUUAAACCCUAAGCUUCGACUCGAGCUCGAGCUGAAGCCCAAGCCCAAGUUUUGAGAGAUCAUUAAGCGGGCGUAACGCGUUCCUAUUUUUGUUUUUGUUUUUAUUUUCGGACUGUUGUUGUUAUUUUCGCCGCUCGUCGCCAUCGCGCUUUUACAGCAAAAACUCAAAGAAGAACUCUCUCAUUAAGAGACUAAAUACACUUACAAAUCAAAUUGGACUUCUAAAAGCGAUGUUAUAAUGGAGCCAAUGACCAUGUUGGUGUUGGCCUUUCAGCUGCUGGCCCUUUUCUCAAUUGCCGGCGCGCUGCUCAUCUAUCUAAUAUGCAAGGUGCGGGAGGACAGCAAGACGUGUCCGCCCGAGGCUCAGCCAAGUCGUGUGGUGCUGGUGACCAGCGCUGAUACCGCCCUGGGGCUGCAGCUGUGCACCCAUCUGGCCAACAAGGGUUGUCGUGUGUUUGCGGGCAUGAAGGAGGCGCAUGACUCCCUGCCCGCCAAGCUCCUCUGUGGCUGGAUGAAGAUUCGUGAGUACAGCGAGGAGCCGAUCAGUGGCACCAUCAUUCCCAUGAAACUGGAUGUGACACGCGAGGAUGUGCUGCGAGAGGCCACAGUAGCCAUGGGCGCCCAUCUGAAUGCUAACGAGCGCGGCAUUGCCGCCGUCAUCAAUACCAGCGGCAGUGUGUUUCGCGGUCGCGUCGAGUCCCAGGAUGUGCAGCAAUGGGAGCACAUGCUGAAGACAAACAUUCUGGGCACUCUUCGCGUGGCCAAGGCCUUCGUUGCCUUCCUACGUCCAACGCGCGGCCGUUUGCUCUAUCUGGGCGGCAGCAGCGCCGGCGCCACCAUGGGUGGGGACGGUCUCGUGGCGUUCAAUGCAUCCCGUGUCGCUGUUGACAAGUGUGCCGAGGAGCUGCGCAAGGAACUGCAGCCGUAUGGGGUUAGUGUUGUGGCUCUGGACACCUGUGGCAUGACCGCCGAGUCCCUCUACAAGCCACCGGUGGCACAAGUUAUGUCGGACUGCGCCGGCGCCCCCACCCAAUACACCGCCGAUGUUUUGAGCGCUAAUGCGUUGCAGGUGAUUGAGCGGGCUCUGUGGGACUUUGCGCCGCAGGAGCGGUACACACUGCUGUCCCACAACAAGUACCAAUUCACGUUGCCAUGUCGCUCAUCUUUGCGCGUUCCGAAGCAGACUCCCUCCAGCGAAGCUGUCUCACCGGCGGCCAAGAACGUGCAGACUGUCUGAACGUCAGGAGUGACGUUGUCGUCGUCGUUGGAGGAUCCUUCGUUGGCUGUUUGGCCGCCCGCCCAGUCGACUAAAAUGCGCCAGUCAGCUGAAAGUUUACGCCGUGCCUUUUUAUUGUAGAGUUGUGAAGCUAGUUUGGCUCUUAUAUUGGACUUUAAAAGAAGCUGUUUCAUUAAUUUCUAUUGUUUUCUUAACAUUUUGCUUAAUUGUUGCCAAAACGCAAGUUUCGACUUUAGUUCAUACUAUAUUUGCGGAAUUUAAGAUCAGUAUAAGAUCAGUAUAAGAGCAAGACUUGCAUAACUCUCUUUUAUAUACUCUAUGUGUACAUAUUCUCUCUCUGUGCUCUCUCUCUCUCUCUCCCCUCCCUCUGUAUUGUCCGUUACAUAUAUAUACGAGUA